AGUCCCCCUCCCUUCCUCUCUCUCGAUUUUUUUUUUUUUUUUCUUUUCCUGCUUCCAAACGCCUUCUUCCAGGCUGAAGCUGGGCAGGUCUCCAAAGGUGCGGCAGCCCCAGCGAUCCCGCAGUUCAAAGUUAAGCGGCAGUUGCACAACUCCAGCAACUCUUUCAGCAGUGCUCACGAGCUGAAAGGCAGCAACAUCCGAGGCGGGGAGGCCUCCAGCCUUCCUCCCUUCACCCUAGAAACCCACCUUCCCUGACACCCCACCGUCCCUCUCCCCCAGAUAACCGAGGUACGUCCUCGCCGUUGCCCCCCUGGCGGACCAUGGCUCCCUUUGGGAGGAACUUACUGAAGACGAGGCACAAGGGCAGAUCUCCAGCUAAAGACAUGGAUUCGGAAGAGAAGGAAAUUGUGGUUUGGGUUUGCCAAGAGGAGAAGAUUGUCUGCGGGCUAACUAAACGUACCACCUCUGCUGAUGUCAUCCAGGCUUUGCUUGAGGAGCAUGGGACUAUGUUUGGAGAGAAACGAUUUCUUCUGGGGAAGCCCAGUGAUUACUGCAUCAUAGAAAAGUGGAGAGGCUCAGAACGGGUUCUUCCUCCUCUAACGAGAAUCCUGAAGCUUUGGAAAGCAUGGGGCGAUGAGCAGCCCAAUAUGCAAUUUGUUUUGGUGAAAGCAGACGCUUUUCUGCCAGUUCCCUUGUGGCGGACAGCUGAAGCUAAAUUAGUGCAAAACACAGAAAAGGCGUGGGAGCUCAGCCCAGCAAAUUACAUGAAGACAUUACCACCUGAUAAACAAAAAAGAAUAGUCCGAAAGACUUUCCGGAAACUGGCUAAAAUUAAGCAGGACACAGUUUCCCAUGAUAGAGACAGUAUGGAGACUUUAGUUCAUCUGAUUAUUUCCCAGGACCAUACCAUUCAUCAGCAAGUCAAGAGAAUGAAAGAGCUGGAUCUGGAAAUUGAAAAGUGUGAAGCUAAGUUCCACCUUGAUCGGGUAGAAAAUGAUGGAGAAAAUUAUGUCCAGGAUGCGUAUUUAAUGCCCCGUUUCGGUGACGCUGAGCAAAAGCUAGACUUGCAGUAUGAUGAAAACCAGAUUCCGGAGGACCUGAGUGAAAGCGAUGGAAUUGUACAUCUGGAGGAACGACUAACGUAUUACCGAAGGCUCAUUGAUAAACUCUCCGCUGAAAUAGAAAAAGAAGUGCGAAGUGUUUGCACUGAGAUGGAUGAAGAUGCGGGAGGGGCAGCUGCGAGUGAACUUGCAAGCUCUAAUUUAGAAAGUGUCAAGUGUGAUUUAGAGAAAAGCAUGAAAGCUGGUUUGAAAAUCCACUCUCAUUUGAGCGGCGUCCAGAAAGAGAUUAAGUACAAUGACUCACUGCUUCAGAUGAAAGCAAAGGAGUAUGAACUCCUGGCCGACGAGUUUAGUUCGCUUCAUAUUAGCAGCGAAGAUGGAUGCCAGCUGAAGGAAAACAGAGCCACUGAGUCCGAGGUCCCCAGCGGCAGAGGGGAGGUUCCUCCCUUUACUCAAAGAGUAUUGAACACGUACAUUAAUGACACUGACUCGGACACUGGCAUCAGCUCGAAUCACAGUCAGGACUCGGAAACAACUGUAGGAGACAUGGUGCUGUUAUCAACGUAAUUUGAAUGGCUUCUCUCUGACCUUCUUGAAUGUUGUUCAUUUGUUUAAUGUAAUAGGAAUCCUUAUUUUAAAUGUCAUAUUCUGAAAAAAAUGUAAAUCACAUGAAAGUAUUCAGUAGUUAAUAAAAGCUAGAGAAGUUUGAAAGUUUUAAGAUUCCCAAUGUGACCUAAUUAUUACUAGUGCAAAUGAACUGUUUAUUAGUAAUUCAGCAUAAAUAGCUUCCAGGUGUAUAACAGAGAAAUAAUUUGAUGCAAAUUAUAAUCUCUUACGGCUUCUAUUAGAAAUUAUUUAUACAAACUCAAGACUAAUUCUUAAUUUAGACCGUCCGUAUAAUUGAAAGUAUAUUUUUUCAACACUGUAUCAUUGGAAUUUGUAGUAUAUUUUUUCAACACUAUCACUGGAAUUUUUAAAUUUGUAAAGUACAGAAAAGCUACUAUAUUAUAACCUAUUAAUUCAAAGUUUGGUUCUUCUCAUUGAUUUUUAGAGUGUAGGUCAUGUCUGGCACUUCCGGAACCCCCUCUACCUGUUUGGACCUCAAUGACAGGAGGUAGAUAGGCUGCUGUUGACAUGCACAAAUAUGAGCAUUGGUUCAGAUUGGGGAAUGAACAGGGGAGGAGGGGCCAGGUGCUGCACACAAUAGCAAUUUUUCAAGGAAGCCCAAAGUAUUAAGAAAGAUGCAUGGGCUUUCUCUAUCUGACAGUGCAAAGCUUCUGAUCAAACCGAUGGUCUGUGCAGGUCAUUCUGGGGCAAGGCAUGGUUGGGUUACAGAGACAGUCACAGGGUCAUAGUCCUGUUUGUUUAUGCCCUAUCUACAAAAGUUGCAGGCAUCCAACUUGGGGUCCUUUGUGUGGGUGAACUAGAGAACUAUAUGCCCUAAGUGUUAGCAUUUCUCUCUGAACCUACAGAGAGGAAGUCACAUGAACAAAAACCUUUUAUUCUACACUAGAAUUCUGAUUGUCUUUGUAGUACUUCAUCAGAGCUGCAAAAAAGACUAACCCUACCCACCUUCCCAAAAGCAUAGUAAUAAAUAUCCAACAAAUUGAAUGGAUUAUUUAGAUCCUGCCUUGACCGACAACCACUAUGGGGCCAAGAUUAUGUUUGGUUCUGUUGGACUUUCAGUGAGGAAGUUCCUUUCUCCUCUCUCUCUCCUUCCCAUCCUUUUAUCCCUUCGUUGCAGCUUGCCAGCAAACAUGUGACUUAAUCAUAUUAAAAACAGUUAGUGUUUUUAAAUGAUCGUUUUAUUGUACUCUUGUAUGAGCCACUGCAGUUUAUUUUUUUUUUAGCUGACACCUUUCCUGUAUGUCAGUGCACAUGUAAGUAGAAACAUUAUUUUACUUAGUUUUAGUUCUUGGAUAUUGGUUAAGAUCCCCAGUUUUUCUGAUUUGUUCCCUUUUAUUCUUUCUGUGCUGACUGACGUGCAUGUUUUAACUAAGUUUCUUAAUCUGUUUUUUCAUGUCUACAUCCCCAAGACUUUUCACCUAUCUUAGGAAGAUAUUUACACUUUUCUUGGUAUUUCAUUUUGGGGGCGUAUCUGUGCUAUCAUUUCUUGCAACGAGAUACUGCUGAAAGCUAUAUUUGAAGUUGGCUGGUAAGAAAAGUAGGAAUUUCCAUUCCAGGGAAAAUACAGUUUUAAAGAAUAAGUAAUAAUGCUUAAGAAACAAUGAAAAAGGCAAUUGAAUAGUCGUCUGAGAAAGGGAAAUUUAUCUGCCUAAUAUCCCAUUAAAUCAUUCAGCAGAAUGGUACACCAUUGAUUGACACCUUCAUUGUUCACUACUGGGGAUUAAAUUCAGAUUAUCCUUAAUGUAAGCCAAUUGAAAUGUUAUUGUCCUAAAGUGAAAGUAAUUUGCUUGGAUUACUUUUUAGUGUAAAAAUAAUGAAACAUUACUUAUCUGUUAUAUAAUUUGAUUAAUUAUUGGAAUUAAAAAGUUUCUGAUAAGAAAUAGAACUGGACAGAAAAUUUCACUUUUAAAACUUUGAAUCAAUUCCUCCUUUUAUACAGUUAAACACACUGAUGCAGUCUAAGGACCAAUUCAUCUGUAUUUUUACUGUAAAUAAUGUUAAAAAUCUUACCAGAAAGCAGGACCAUUGAUGUUUAAAGUCACCUUAGAAUCUUUAGAAUUUCUAAUUGUUCUUUAGUUAUACAAAUAUAUUUUUGCUUUGGAUUCAUUACAACAAUUAAAUCAUUGGCUCCUAUGGUGAAUCUCUACUGUAGUUUACUAAUACAAAUAGAAAUACUAAAAUAUGCCCUCCUUAUUAGAUACUGACCUAUUCUUUACUAAGCUGGGAAUUUGAAUUAUAAAUAUAAAGUUUAAUAGGAACUUUAAUGUUUUAAUUAUUUUUAGGAGCUUUAAAAUGAAAUGUUUAUAAAUUCUUGAGAAACCUGACUAGUGAACUCUGCGACUGCUGUAUGCAGCUAGCAGUAGGAACAAACCCAAGCUGCCUAUUUCUUCCUAUAACAAGACUUAUUUUCACACAUUAUGUCUUUUACAUCUUCCCACUUAGAAUGUCUUUUUUUUUCCCUCCAUCUGCCAUAUACUGAAAUCCUGCCCAUUUCCAGCUUUUUUAAUGUGUUAUCUCCUCCAUUAAACAUUUAUUGUUCCCUUCAACCAGUUACAUCUUAUCUCUGAACCCACAAAUAUUUUAGGUGUACUUUUCAUAGACCAACAUUCAUAUUCUGGCUUAGCUUAUAUUUAUUUAUGUACUUAUCUAACUUCCCCCCACCCAUGUAUUUUUGAUUAUCUGUGCCUAUCUCGUUAACUUUACCCCUUUAAUCCACCUUUUCGCCUCUCAAUUUUUGAGUUGAAUUGCUAAGUUUUAAAAGGUUGUUACCUUUUUAAAAACUUAUUUCUAUACAUGGUAAGUGAUGUUUACCCAUUUUACACAUAAAUAUGCAUUUUAGGCAAAAAAAAUCGACAGUAAUCCUACUUACAAAGUUUUCAGAGGAGGUUGUAAAUUGGUACUCUAUUAUGAAGAAUUGAUAUUGUGAUAUCAACUUUUUAUUUUAUUUUUAGUUCACAGAGUUACUGAUCUAAAGUAUUGCAAAUAUUGCUUUUAAAAGCUCCUAAAUGCUUAAAUUAUGGUACUUUUCUCUGCAUUGUAUGUAUGUAAGAAAAAAAUUAUGCUUCAUAUUGUUGGAGUUUUAAGUGGUAGACACAAAAACUUUGAAAUAUCAAAUAAAAUAUCUUUCUUUUCUUUUUUAACUGAAAAGAAAUUAAUGGUCCCUCAGUGUAUAGAAGCCUUUUUAAUCCAUUAAAAUUUUAUUUUUAUAUUUAUUUAACAUGUAUUAUACAUGACACAAUAUAUUUCUGUAGCUGCAUUUUAUAAUCCUUUGAAGUAGAGUUAUUGUUUUAUUUAAAAUGUAUUUUUCCAGUGAGAAAAGAAAUAUCUUUUUAUCCAGAUACAGAUUUUUUUUUAAAUAUUAGGCUAUUUCUUUUCAUACAACCUGAUUGGUUUAAGAAACCUGAUGUGACAGAUAUAAAGGAUAUAUCAUUUCUUCAAGUGUAACUGAUCUAGAAUAAUAAAAGGAAUAGUUGCACCCUU